AGGCGAUUUCCAUGGGAGUGGCUAUAAAAGGCAGGGCGCGCCUUCCCCUUCCGGGCCUCCCAUUGCUGCGAGUGCGAAGCAAAGCUCCAAGAGAGAAUACAAUGCGCUCCUGCUGCUCUCUCUCUCUCCAAUUCUGGGCCCUCUCCUCUCUCCUCAUUCCCCUGCUUCUGCCUUCAGCCACCGCCUUCCUUCUUCCGAGGUUCAACGCUUCUUCCCAUGAGCAUGCUGUUAAUAAUCCUGAGGACAUAGCCUCUCUGCUUCAUACGAGUAUACGCAAUCAUACGGAAAGAAGAAAUUUGGGUUUCUUCUCUUGUGGGACAGGGAACCCCAUCGACGAUUGCUGGCGGUGUGACCGGAACUGGCAGCGCCACCGGAAACAUCUGGCCAAUUGCGGAAUUGGGUUUGGACGCAAUGCCAUCGGCGGCCGAGACGGGAAGUACUACGUCGUGACUGACCCGAGCGACGACGACCCCGUCAACCCAAAACCGGGCACCCUCCGCCACGCCGUCAUCCAAGACGAUCCCUUAUGGAUCGUGUUCAAAAGGGACAUGGUUAUCACUCUUAAGCAAGAGCUUAUCAUGAACAGCUUCAAGACCAUCGACGGCCGUGGCUUCAACGUCCACAUUGCUUACGGCGGAUGCAUCACCAUCCAGUACAUCACCAAUGUCAUCAUCCACGGCCUGCAUAUCCAUGACUGCAAGCAAACUGGCAACGCAAUGGUUCGCAGCUCGCCUUCCCAUUACGGAUGGAGAACCUUGGCUGAUGGCGAUGGAAUUUCCAUCUUUGGUGCGAGCCACAUCUGGAUUGAUCACAACUCGCUCUCUAAUUGUGCAGACGGUCUUAUUGAUGCUGUCAUGGGUUCGACUGCCAUUACCAUUUCCAACAAUUACUUCACUCGCCACAACGAGGUGAUGCUUUUGGGUCACAGUGACUCUUACGUAAGAGACAAGCAAAUGCAAGUGACCAUUGCCUACAACCAUUUUGGGGAGGGCCUUAUUCAGAGAAUGCCAAGGUGCAGACAUGGGUAUUUCCACGUUGUAAACAAUGACUACACCCACUGGGAAAUGUAUGCCAUUGGUGGCAGUGCAGAUCCCACCAUUAAUAGCCAGGGAAAUCGAUACCUUGCCCCUCAGAACGCUUUUGCUAAGGAGGUGACAAAGAGAGUUGACACAAAUCCAACAGCAUGGAAAAGGUGGAAUUGGAGGUCAGAGGGAGACCUUUUGCUAAACGGUGCCUUCUUCACUUCAUCAGGUGCUGGAUCUGGAGCUAGCUAUGCCAGAGCUUCAAGUUUAUCAGCCAAAUCAUCUUCUGUGGUUGGCACCAUCACUGCUGGUGCAGGUGUUCUUAGCUGCCGGAGGGGUUCUAUGUGUUAAUACCAAGAACAUCAGCAAAACAAAAAUACAAUAAUGAAAGUAAAACUGACAAAGGAAAGGAAGAAGGAAAAGCUCUCAAUCUUUCUCCUCGUUUAUUGCAUUGUCUAGGUAUAUUGAGUGAGUUUGCAGCCACUUUGGUCACAUCUUUCCCCAUUUAGAUUUUGCAAAUGGGGAAGAAAAGGGCGUACAUUUCUUUUAGUAUGUCAACUACUGUCAUCAAUUUGAUAGCAAUGAUUGCUUAGAAAAAGCCUUUCCCACAAUUGCUUCAGUUACUGAAGUGAAGGGUUUUUCCCUUAAUUUUAGAGGGAAACCGUAUCUACUCUUAUAUGUACCCCUUUUAGUCUAUUUUCAUCUCCUCAUCUAUAUAUAGUUUGAUCUUGUCGAAACAAUGUUUGUAAGCCCUUCAUUUUAGAGAACACUUGGUAUGUCCCAUAUGAAUGGCGAAAAUGAAGAAAAGAAUAUGGAUGUUAUUAUUAUUAUUGAAUUA